AUGUCGCAACAACCUUCUCCGAAUCUUCUUCACCAAUUAUUGCAGGAAGAGGACACACGCUCUCUAAAUGUUUCCCUGCUCGAUUUUGAUCAAUUAAAAUCCGAUCAUGUUUUAUUUGAUCAAUUAAAAAACAAGAUGAGAAAUUAUCAGAAAACAAUUCCGUUUGCAAUGAAGUUUAAUGAAAUUAAAAAAAUUGAUUCAAACAAGAAUCAUGGUCUUCGCUUUCCAUCCGAUGUAAAGAUUUCUCACACCCAUAACUUUGUUUGUGUGGCUGAUGAUGCGAAUAAGGAAAUUAAAUUUUUUGAUUUGACUAGUUUAGAAUAUUUGACAGCAUUUCCAAUUGUUGGCAGAUGUAUGAGUUUAGUGAUUGAAGAAAAUUUUAAUAAUGACGCCAUUUACUUUAGAUGCUCAAAUGGUUUAGGGAAAUAUAGAGUUAAGGAUUUAUUGAAAUUGGGAAAUGAAGCUGAAUGUAUUUGGAGUAUUGAGACUAAUCAUCAAUAUGGAAUGGCCAUCAGAGAAAUUGGAAAUCGGAAACAAUUAUUCAGAUUUAACAAUAUGAGCAAAGAGAUGGAUGUCAUAGAUACCACAGAUGGCAAAAUUAUUGCCCAGCUCAAACUUGAAAAUCUCAGUAGAAUAGUGGAUGUUAAAUUUCUUAGACCAAAUAGGAUGAUUGUUUCAGAUCUUGCUGUUAAUGCCUGCUUUAUUUAUGAUGAGAUUAAUCCAAAUGAAUGGAAAUUAAUUCGAACAAUUAACCAAGUGGAUAAUAUUCCCUGUAGUCAACCAUUAGGAUUUGCAAUUGAUAGAACUGGCAAGAAAUUCUUCCUUUCAGAUUAUGAUAAUAAGAGAAUUUUAGUGUUUGAUUUGGAUGGAAAUUUAAUACAUUCACACAUACAAGAUUCUACAUCUACACUAAGCCCAUUUGGAAUGGAUUUUGAUGAGAAAAGUGGAUUAUUGUUCAUUGCUGAUCAACAGGCCUUUUCCAUUAGAAUAUUUGAAUAA